GGAAAACAAAAGCAAAAACGUUCCUAGGAGAGUGCGUGAACUGAGCGAAAUUGGGAGAGCGAAAAGAGCGUAAAAAAUCGUUUCCAGUCGAUACUAAUCCAAUCGCCAAAAUACCAUUUCAGUCGAUAUUCAACCGCACCGAGAACGCAGUAAAAGUAGAGAAUGUUUGCAUAUAAAAAUUAAAAUAUUUCAUUCAUCAAAACAUUCAUAGUUUGUAAGACAUUAUUUACAUUCCAAAAUGACAGCGAGCAAGCGAUACGCAAUUGUCAUUUGGUUAAAUUGAUUUAUUUCAGUGAAGUUCAUUUUGAUUGCAUUUCAUGUGCAUUUUCAUGUAUUUUCAAUCAACUUGAAAAAUAGUUAGACGAUAAUUAGUAAACUAAUUUAUUCGCAAAUUUGGUGGAGUGUGUGUAUGUGUGAUAUUCCGAAUGAAAAAAAAUUCGACGAUUGACGUAACAUGAUUUUAACAAUUUUCUAUGCUGGUGCGACUCUAAUGCAAUCGUGGCGCUUGCGAUCAAUUACAACGGGCAUUGCAAGCCGUAUUCGUGACCAUUGCACCAUAUCUUUCUAUCGAACAUGCACCGAGGACGACGAUGGCUUCACUUCAAUUGGCGCUUCAUCGGAAGCAUGUGAUAAUUACAAAAAUGGUCGUGUAGUCGACACAUUAUGGUAUCAUAAUAUGCUUCGUGGCGUAUCAAUUUUGCCAAUACAAAAUUUAGCAUUAGAUAAAUGGGUGACCUUUAGUAACCUACCGCAAAAAUUAAAUCCAUUAUACAGUGCCGACGGCAUUGAUUUAGAUUCACACAGCGAUAAAAAUAUCAUUCAUAUUCUGUUGGAAACCAAUAUUUAUCCCGAUUUAGAAGCCAUUGAAAUGGGCUCAAACAUUGUCACCGCCGAAAAAUUCGGAACGCCAAUCGCAUGGAAAGUUGAUACAAACUUGGCAAUUGUAUUAAGGUCAAAUGUUACGUUAUUCACCGAAUUAAUAAGAGAUUCAUUCAUUCAAAAUACACUAUUCAUUAACAACUAUUUACCUAUUAUACGAAUUGAAAGUGUUUCUAUCAAUGGAACGCCAUUACAGUUGCUCGAUUUUGAAGCGUCACCGAUUCAUGCGAACUCAAAUCCACCUCAUGCCUCAUCAUCUUCAAUGACUGAUAUCGAGUACCGUCAUCACAUAGAUAAAUUGAAAAUAUUAAAUUUAGUUGCUAAUUUAAAAGGUGAACCAAGUCCAGACGAUUACGAAAAAGAUAUAUGCGUAUCAAUAAAUGAAAGUUAUGUGUCCGAAACGAAUGAAAAAACGGAUGAAAACCAUUUGAAUAACGGCGUCGUCAAUUGGAUCAAAAGUGUUGAGCACGAUUCAAGUCAAUUGGAGGCCAUAGCUCAUAUUUCACCAAGUGUGUCACCAGCCAAAACUGAAACUUCACCCGUCAAAUUUGGCAAUGGUGCCAUUCACAAGGAAAUUGAAUCAAAUACCAUGACUUCAAGUAAAGGAUCACAGGAUUUACUUAGCGUUAGUGUUCAAUCCGAAGGUUUUGCCGAAAAUGACGAAAGCGGUGACGUAUUCAUUGAUAAUACAAAAUAUUGUACAAUGAAAUUGAAUGAACAAGUCGUGGCGGCAAAAGAAAAUCUGAAUGACAAAAAAGCCACAAAAACAUACGCAUCGUCCGUUGCAUCAUCCAAUGAAUGCCAUUCAUCACAAUAUUCAACACUGAAACGGAAAAAAAGACACUCAGACAGUAGCAAACCACCAAAUGUUCUUGUUUAUUCCGAAAGCAAUGACAUACGUGCGAAUGUGAUUUCAACAAUUAAAAACAUUUUACAUCCCGAUCGUUAUACCAUUUAUGAACUUAAGGCCGAACAAUUGAAAACAAAUAUUUGGAUUGAUAACACGACGCUGCUGAUUGUAUGCGGUCCAAUCUCAACACAACUCGGUACGAUUUUAAUGGAAUAUUUUCUGUGUGGCGGUAAAAUGCUUUGUUUGUGCUCGGAUGUAUUGAAUAUGGUGUUGCCGAUUUAUCGAACGGCCGAAGUACGCGAAAAUGAGUUGGUACAGUUUUCAUAUGGGCGAUGGCAGAAAAUCCAAUUAAUGCAUCAUAUUUUUUGCUAUCAUCCAUCGCCGAUCAAAAAACACUUCUCAUUGGAAAAUGAUGAUGAAGGACAACAAAAACCACCGUUAACCUGUCCGGGAUCUAUCGAUUUGAAAGAUAUCUACGGUAACUCGCAUCGACUGGAAGUAAAAGUGCUUGGAACCGAAGAAACAUGGAACACACCAAGUCUGAUUUUAGCCACCGAUACAAAUUACAAUGGAAUCGCCGUAUUCUCACAAGUUCAUCUUGAAGCCGAUCCAAAUCUUUAUGAGCAUGACGGUUUCAAAUUUUCAGCGUUAACAAAAAGUGAUAAAGCACGUUUGGAGAUCUUUUCCGAUUUAUUGAGCACCCAACUAGGUUUAAUUGUGCAAACACGUGAUUUUCAUUCCACAAACAUGUUUCCGAAUGCAUAUUUCCUAGGCCGACACGAGACAAAAUUUGAACUUCUUGAUAAACUAAAACCGCAAUUCAUCAAUACGAAUACAUUGAGAACAAACUCAUUGAUUGUGAAAUUCUACGGCAAAAACGAAACACCAAAACCAAAUCUUGAGAACACACUGCCAAUUUUAUUGCAUUCUUGCCCAUCAGAUUUUUCCACGGUUACUUAUUUCGAUACGUUAAAGACGAAAGAAAUAGGUCGUUUAGUGAUUUACGCGCCGCUUAUCAAUUCCACAAUGACAUUGGUGUCAAAUUUGAAAAUGCAACAUGGAUUGGCUGUUAUCGGUCGAAAACAAACGGCUGGUGUUGGUCGAAAUAAAAAUCAGUGGUUGAGUCCAGAUGGCUGUGCAUUAUUUACGCUACAGCUUCACAUUCCAUUAUCAAGUCCGUUAGGCCAGAGAAUACCAUUACUACAGCACUUGGUGUCAGUUGCAUUAGUAAAUUCAAUCGUUUCAAAGAACGUAUACAAGAAGCUUGACAUUCGAUUAAAAUGGCCAAACGAUAUAUAUGUGAAUGACACUACCAAAAUUGGUGGCCUUGUUGUGAACACAGAACUGAAUGGUGAAUGGGCCAUUUGCAAUGUUGGCGUUGGAUUUAAUUUGAGCAAUAGCAUUCCAACGACUUGUGUAAACGAUAUGAUAAAGACGUACAACCUGAAAAAUAACACCGAACUACCGUACCUGGAAUAUGAAAGCUUCUUUGCCAAUGUAUUCAAUGAAAUUGAAGAACUGAUUGACAUCGUUCAAAGUGGUGAUUUUGAUUAUCUAUAUGAUUUGUAUUACAAAUUGUGGUUGCACUCUGAUGCUGAAAUCGUCAUUAUAGACGCCGAUGGCAUGAAAAAACAUGCCACGAUCAUUGGAAUUGAUGAUUAUGGGUAUUUAGAGGUGAAACAAGCGAAUAGAGAACCAGAAAUUGUCCAUCCAGAUGGAAAUACGUUCGAUAUACUGCGCGGUCUUAUUUCGGCCAAACACUAUUAGACAGACUAGUCGUAACAAUUUACUUGCCAUUUUUAUUUCUUUUAUAAACUUUGCUAAUGGUGUUUGAAUACACCAAAGUAAAUUCACUUAGUAAGUUAAGAAAAUCCAAAAUUAGCAGCUAUAUCGAAAAUAGAUUUUGAUCACGCGCAAAUUCUCGUCUUCUCGGUGUCGUUAUUCACAUAGUUUUCUUUUUGUCAUUCGUCAUUUAUCCGAUAUAUUUGUAUAGUAAGUUUUUCGAAAUUAUUUAUCAAUUCUUUUUUGGCAAACAUUUUACUCGAAACUUUUAAACAAGCGCACAAUCGCGUUUUUUUUACAAUUUUUCUCUUUGGAAUCAAUUCAAUAUUCAACGGUUUUUCUCUUGUUAUCGAUAUUGUUUUUGAUAAAAUGAAUUGGCUUAUACAAUUUACUGAAUUGAACAAAUAUAACAAUUUUUUUCGCAAUUUUGCAAUCAACUCAACGUUUAACAUUUAAAUGUAUAUUGAGUGUUUGGAUAGAUGUUAGAUACGUAAGGGUAGUGUUGAUCAUUGAACAGAUUUUACCAAAGAAGCAAAGCAACUGUUGGAACAAACACUGAAAAAAGUUUGACAUUUUUGUUAACAUAUUUUAAAUGAUAUAAAUUAUUAUUGAUUGAAUAAAGGCCAUAACAAAUUUAA